AAUCAUUUUAAUUUUUUUGCAGUUAAUUCAUCUUCUGGCAAUCUGCUACCCUUACUUCCGUGCUGUAGUGUGCUGGACACUUCUCCAAAAGUAACUGUUGGCUGUCUUCUAAAAGAUGCUUUGCCCUGGAAAAAGAUAGAAAUGAAGCCUGAAACUACUUACAAAAACAUUUCCAUAUCUGUAUACUCUGAUAAAAAAUAUAUCUACGCCACAUUCAUGAAGAUUGCUGUUAGUGACUGGGGGACAAAUCAACUCACCUGCACUUCUCAGAACAACACGCCUGUCAUUCUCACAAAUAACUACUGCAAAAGUCCUUUUGAAGGAAAAAGUAAUAUUGAAGUCCUUCUUCCUUCUUGUGGUAUUAAACCUGAAGACAAUGUUGUGCCAGUAGUGUGUCUUGUAUCAAAUUUUAAAGGCCAUAAUGUGAAUCUCCAGUGGCUUAAAAAUGGAAGUCCCUUUUAUACUGAUAAAAGCUUCAAACCUUUAAAGGGUGAUGGUGGUUUAUACUUUGGAAGAGGCUCACUGAAUAUCAGCAAGGAGAGCUGGAACAUGGAGGACGAAUAUACAUGUCAAGCAAAUUUGACGACAGAAAAUAACAUAAAAAAUAUUAGCAAAUGUUUAGCAUGUCAAGCAAACUUUGUCACACCAACUGUGAAGGUAGAAUUACCAUCCAGAGAAGAUUUUCUAAAUGACAAUGCAACAAUAACAUGCUCAAUUCUGGGCACUAAUUCAGAUGCCAGUCAGGUAUAUUUAAUGUUGGAUGGCGAAAAUUCAAAGAAGAAAGGCACAACUGUUCACACUGGGGACGGUCAAACGGUCAAACAAAGUUACAAGGUUACUGAUAAAGAAUGGGAGGUAAUCAAGGAAAUAAUCUGUGGGGUGAAGCAGCCCUGCUCUAUGCCAGAUGUUCAUGCAAAAAUAAAUAAACCUCUUGAAGAUAUCAAGCCAAAGACCCCCAGUAUUAACAUUUUAGCAUCUUGUUGUGAUGGAAAUGAAGCAGGCAUGGUGACAUUGGUGUGCACAAUCUCCAAUUUCUGGCCCCAAAAUAUUUUGGUGAAAUGGUUACAGAAUGGAAGCCUUCAUAAAGGUGACACUACCUCUGUCCUCCCAAUGCUUGACAGACAUGGAAAUUACUUUGCUACAAGCACACUGAAAGUUCCAAGGGAUAGCUGGUAUAAGGAGGAGUCAUACAUCUGUGAGGUUACCCACCAGAAGAAAACAUUUCAGGGGGAUAUAAGUAUAUGUAAAGCAUGGCAAUCAAUCUUUGUCACACCAACUGUGGAAGUAGAAUUACCAUCCAGGGAAGAUUUUCUAAAUGACAAUGCUACAAUAACAUGCUCAAUUCUGGGCACCAACCCAGAAGCCAGUCAAGUAUAUUUAAUGUUUGAUGGCAAAAAAUCAAAGAAGAACAGUAUAACCAUUGACAAUAGGAACAAUCAAAGGGUCAAGCACAGUUACAAGGUUACCGAUAAAGAAUGGGAGCCAAUCAAGGAAAUAUCCUGUGUUGUGAAGCAGCCCUGCUCUAUGCCAGAUGUUCAUGUAACAAUAAAUAAAACUCUUGAAGAUAUCAAGCCAAAGUCCCCCAGCAUUAACAUUCUAUCAUCUUGUUGUGAUGGAAAUGAAGCAGGUAUGGUGACAUUGGUGUGCACAAUCUCCAAUUUCUGGCCCCAAAAUAUUUUGGUGAAUUGGUUAUGGAAUGGAAGCAUCUAUAAAGAGGACACUGCCUCUGUCCUCCCAAUGCUUGACAGAAAUGGAAAUUACUUUGCUACAAGCACACUGAAAGUUCCAAGGGAAAGCUGGUAUAAGGAGGAGUCAUACAUCUGUGAGGUUACCCACCAGAAGAAAACAUUUCAGGCGAAUAUAAGUAUAUGUAAAGAUCACUUCUCAUUACCUAAAGGGUACAUACAAAAACCAUCCUUUAAGGACUUAUUUCUUCUAAAAAGUGCCAAUGUUUCAUGUAAAACUAACCUUCCUUAUGUUGACAUACACUGGAUGCUUAAUGGAAAGGAAAAAUUAAACGAGUUCAAUAAGGAAAAAAAUAAACCUGGCAAAUUAUCCUGGAUAGAGAGCACCUUGGAAAUAAGCUUAGAAGAAUGGAAAACAGUCUCCAACGUCUCCUGCAAAUUGCAUCCACCCAACAAUGUACUGCAAGAAAAGAUGACCAUUACACGGUCAAUUGAUCCAAGUGUGAUAAAAGCACCAAGAGUAUACGUACUUGUAACCAAUGCCGAGAAUGGGACAGAAGAAGACCAGUUGAGUUUAAUCUGUCUUGUGAAAGCAUUUUAUCCAGAAGACAUCUUUGUAACCUGGAAUGUCAAUGACACCAUAAUCAAGGAAGAUGUUCCAAACUCAGAAGACGUCACAUGUGACCAUAAAGGCCAACAAUGCUCAUUUGUCAGUCAUUUGUCCAUUUCAAAGGACGACUGGGCUGCAGGAAGGAUUUACAUGUGUCAAGUGGCUCAUAUCUCCUCUGAACUCUACUACAUAAAAAAUAUCAGCAAUUCUAAUGGUGAAACUACACACCCAAAAAAACCUUUGUCAACUGACAAUUCUUCUGUCUACCAUGAUGAUGGAGGAGAAGACCUUAGCGAUUCGGAAGAAAUUACCAAUAUAUGGACGUCAUCAUCAACUUUCAUUGCUCUCUUUUUGCUGACACUAAUUUACAGUGGUUGUGUGACUUUUGUAAAGGUUAAGUAAAAGUCAUUGAAGUGAAAACACAAACUGUGAAGUCCAUUACUCAAAGUUAUUAAGAGUUUUCUGCAACAUUUUUGGCUGAUGUAUCAAUCAAACUUUGAGGGUAUGUUAAAAGAAAGGAAUACGCUAAAUACAAUACAGAAAUGGUUUUAUCUGAACUAUAGAAGUUUAACUGCAACCGAGUAAGUCAUGGCAAGCAUAGAAAUUGAUAUGUAUUACAACAACUGUCUACUGAUGCUAGACAUGUGUGGUUUGUUUUGUUCAGAAUUAAUAUUCAGACUAAUUUUUCAUUAUUCAGAGAUUUGGAUAUAUCCAAAUACUUGAAUUACAAUAUAAACAAAUUUUACCGAAUGCUCCGAAUAACGUAACAAAAUUCAUCCAAAUUUCGAAAAUUCGGACUGAUAUUCGAAUUGAAUUUUACAUUGAACUCCAGUCGAAUUCUAACUACACAUAUUGCUGAAAUCAAAGACUGUGUGUGUUAUUAGAGUACCAUUUCAAAAUAAUGUUAAGCCAAAGGUGAUUUAAAGCGUCAUUGUAAUCAUUUGAUGGAGAUUUUUCUUUUGUUUGUUCCCUUUGCUGCAUUCAAAUCGAAAACAAUAUAACGUUUUUGUUUCGACCGAUUCGAAAAUGUAUCAAUUGAACGUUUCAAAUAAAAAAAAAUGGUAAAUUCAAAGAAAAUUCAAAGAAAAUUUGGAAUACAAAUUCCAAAUACGAAUUUAAUGAAUCAACCGAAUUGAACUCAAGGAAAUAACUGGAUUAACUAAUCGAAACUUUGUUCAUCGUGCACAUGUCUGAUGCAUGACAUGAUGUUAUAAAGAAUGUAGUCAUAAUUCGUUAUUAGAUGUAUAUAAUACAUAACCCUUUGUUAAUCACAGAAAUACCUAAUGCUGGGUCUUUAAAGUAUUUUUUUUUAAUUGCAUAGUUAAUACAUUUGUAAUGCUGUAAAGCUGUAGAGAUUUAGAACCUUAUACAUUGUAGUCUUGCUUUCUAGUUGUGACCGAUUUACAAAUAAAUUGCUUUCCAAUUUUGCAAAA